UCAUCAUCCCGCGAUUCAAAACGAACCUGCGGCGCGACCCAGCCGCACCUGGGAGGUGACACCGGCCUUGUGCCAAACCCCGCCCACGUGCACCCCUAGUUCCCCGGGGCAAACCCCCGGGCGCAGCCCCCUCGGCUCGCGCAGCGCGCCCGGGCAUCUCCCCCCCGCCCCGCGGUCCCUCCCCGCCCAUGUGACCGCGGCGCCGCUCGGGUUACAGCGCGUUCGCCGCCCGCCCGCUCCGAGCCCCACAGCCGCGCACGGAGCAGCGGAUCCAUUUUGCAUCGCCACACACCGGCUCCGGGCACCCCUGGGCUGGGGGCGGGGGCCGUGCAUGGUCCUGGGGGGCAGAGCGCGGGUAUCUGAGCCGCUCCCCGGCUCCCGGACCCCACCAUGGCUGCGGAAGGGGGGCUCGCUUCGGCUCGGGGGCGCGGAGCCGCUGCCCGGCGGUGAAACUGCCCCGGCCCGAGAAAAGCAGCCGGAGUGAAAUUGACAAAAGGACGAGGCGUGAGAUCGCUUCGCUCCGAGCCCGCGGAUCGCUUGGAAGCGCCGCGGUCUGGCUGCGGCGGGGGGUGGCGGGGCUUUUUUGUUUCGCUUUAAUCCCAAACUGGAUCCCGAGACGAGGAGCUGGAAGCUGAAACGCUCCUGAAAUUUGCCCUGGUGGCUGGUUGUUUCCCGGUGGAUUUCCCCCUCCCCUGGAUUGCAAUAUCGUUCUCGAGUCCCCGCUCUGGGCUUUGCCGAUUAUGGAGACAGUGGAAAAGGAGUGCGGGGCCCUGGGUGGCCUUUUCCAAGCCAUCGUCAAUGACAUGAAGAGCUCCUACCCCAUCUGGGAAGAUUUCAACUCCAAGGCAACUAAGCUGCACUCCCAGCUCAGGACUACGGUGCUGGCAGCAGUCGCCUUCCUGGAUGCCUUCCAGAAAGUGGCAGACAUGGCCACCAACACACGAGGAGCCACGAGAGACAUCGGCUCGGCGCUGACCCGGAUGUGCAUGCGGCACCGUAGCAUCGAGGCCAAGCUGAGGCAGUUCACCAACGCCCUGAUGGAGAGUCUCGUCAACCCCCUGCAGGACAGGAUUGAGGACUGGAAGAAAACGGCCAACCAACUGGACAAGGACCAUGCGAAAGAGUACAAGCGAGCCCGCCACGAGAUAAAGAAGAAAUCCUCUGACACGCUGAAGCUGCAGAAGAAGGCCCGCAAAGAGCUACUUGGGAAGGGGGACCUACAGCCCCAGUUGGACAGUGCUCUCCAAGACGUCAAUGACAUGUACCUCCUUAUGGAAGAGACUGAGAAGCAGGCUGUCCGCAAGGCCCUCAUUGAGGAGCGGGGCCGCUUCUGCACCUUCAUCACCUUCUUGCAGCCAGUGGUGACUGGAGAGAUCACCAUGCUGGGAGAGAUCACUCACCUGCAGGGCAUCAUGGAGGACCUGGUGGUGCUGACCGCAGAACCGCACAAACUGCCCCCUGCCAGCGAGCAGGUGAUCAAAGACCUGAAAGGCUCUGACUACAGCUGGUCCUACCAGACUCCUCCAUCCUCCCCCAGCAGCUCUGGCUCCCGCAAGUCCAGCAUGUGCAGCAGUGUUAACAGUACAAAGGGUGGUGCCGCUUGGUCCGGCGGGUCCCAAACAUACUCACCAGGUUCCACCUAUCGCUACCGCAGCCUGGCGCAGCCGGUUAACGCCAACACCCGCCUGUCCAGCGUCUCCUCCCAUGACUCUGGCUUCAUCUCCCAGGAUGCCACGUACUCCAAGCCUCCGUCGCCGAUGCCAUCUGACAUCACCAGUCAGAAGUCCUCCAGCUCCGCAUCCUCCGAGGCCUCGGAAACCUGCCAGUCAGUUAGUGAAUGCAGCUCCCCCACCUCGGUUAGUUCUAGCUCUACCGCAGGCGCGUGCUCAGGCGGUGAAAAGCUGAAACCUAUGAAUGUAGCUCAUGUGGCCAGGACUGAAGGAAGCUCCCGAAGAAGCCUGAGCCUGCCCCCUGCCUUACCAGGCCUGCCUUGCCUUUUGCAGGAUUGGUCCAAGGCCAGUCCUUACGACCAGCCGGUGGUCACCACGCUGCAGCGGAGGAAGGACCGCGUGGAGCAUCUGCGGGAGGCCGAGUUGGGCUCCGCCAGCAUGGGGUAUCCGGGAAUUAACCUGGAAGACGUGCCCAGGCCCAGGAUGUCCCCAGCUACCAUCGCUGCCAAGCAUGGCGAGGAGGUGUCCCCCGCUGCCAGCGACCUGGCCAUGGUGCUCACCCGUGGCCUGAGCCUCGAACACCAGAAGAGCAGCCGGGAUUCCCUGCAGUACUCCAGUGGCUACAGCACACAGACCACCACACCGUCCUGCUCAGAAGACACUAUCCCAUCUCAAGGCUCGGAUUACGACUGCUACUCGGUGAACGGCGACGUGGAGUGCGACAGCCAGAGCGAGUUUGACAAAUCCUCCACCAUCCCGCGCAACAGCAACAUCGCCCAGAACUACCGCCGCAUGAUCCAGACCAAGCGCCCCGCCUCCACCGCCGGGCUGCCCACCGGGACCCCCCUGCCGGCCAGCGCCCCCCCUGGCGUGGCCACCAUCCGCCGCACGCCCUCCACCAAGCCCUCAGUGCGCCGCACCCUCUCCAACGCCGGGCCCAUCCCCAUCCGGCCCCCUAUCGUCCCAGUGAAGACCCCCACGGUGCCCGACUCCCCUGGCUACACUGGGCCCACCCGGGUGGGCAGUGAAGAGUGUGUGUUUUACGCCGAUGACGCCUCCCCAAACGCCAUGGACUUCGCCAAAGCCUCGCCCAAGAGGCUCAGCCUCCCCAACACGGCCUGGGGCAGCACCGCCAUGGAGAUCUCGGUGUACCCGGGGGCAGGGCAGCACCUCUCUGCCGAGGAAGAGGAGGACCAGCAGCUGGCCGCCAACCGGCACAGCCUGGUGGAGAAGAUUGGCGAGCUGGUGGCCAGUGCCCAUGCCCUGGGCGAGGGCCAAUUCCCCUUCCCCACCGCUCUCUCUGUCCCCGGCCCUGGAGAGGAGACGCCCACUCUGCCCCCCGCUGCCUCCAGCGAGCCCCCCGCUGAAGACAUGCUGGUAGCCAUCCGGCGCGGUGUACACCUGCGCAGGACCAUCACCAACGACAGAUCCGCCCCCCGGAUAUUGUGAUGACACUCCCCCCACCUGCCGCCCCUCCCUCCCACCGCACCCCAUGGGAAGAGAGCGAACACAGGGCCCGGACUGAGCCGAGAAGAGAAAUCAACCCAGGAAAGAAUCCCAGAGGCAAAGCCACUUUAUGGAGCUAGAGACGAGUCUAGAUUUAAAUGGAAAUCAAAAGUCUUUGCUAACAAACUUACAAGGCGCCGCCUAGGAGGCACUGAACCGGUUUUGGAGCCUGUUUUCUAUUUCAUUUCUCACGCCCCCGUCCCACACCUUGCUCCUGGCUGUUAAAGACUCCUCGCUGCCAGCAGGAGGCAGCGCUACACGAGGGGGCCACCCCCACUGUGUGUUGGGGGGGCACGGACCUGGACUCGAAUAAGCAGCUACAUAAUAAGUAUAAAGAACACACACAGAUAGACACACACACAACGCCAAGGACCGCUGGCUGCAGUCCCCACAAGCCACCUCCCUCCUCUUCCUGUGGACGGAAGAUGCACGUAGUCCUGUGCUGAGCAUCUGACCACCCCCCUCCUCUCUCCUCCCUCCCUCCCUCCCUCCCUCGUCGCUGCAGUGAAAAGGCCUCAGAGCAGUGGAUAGAAUUCCUGGCACACACGGCCCUGUCCCCUGAGGUGCUUUGGUGUCCUAUGCCUUGGCUGGGGGAGCAGCUGCCCCUACGCGUUUGCCCCGGGGCUAGCACUUCAUAGUCUCCAAAGGCCAGGCUCUCUUCCCCUCCCGAUUAGCUGAGAUGCGGAAGGACUUCCCCGGCUCUGUCGGCGUGUCCAGAUCUCAGGCCAGGGGGCAUUGGGUACACGUGUUUCUCAGGAGGUUAGGCUGCGUGUGUGGGUCUCUAGCCAUAAAGUGACACGGCAGGGGUCGGGGUGCCCGGCCACAGCUCUGCGCCAGGCAGAUACAGCAGCGUUGGGAGUUUAAAGGAUCCGGCCUGCUCAAGAGUUACCUUUUCCCUGAAUCCAGCUUCACAGCCGACCUUUGCCCCUGGGACUGGUAACCCAAGUACAGGGUAAAGGGGCUGCCAGAUAGCUAUGAAUGUAGCAGGCUUCUGCUAGGUGUGUACCAGGUUGGGUGUCCUGGGGCUGUCUGUGCAGCAUAGUCCCCAUCUGGGUGUUUGUCUGUGCGAGUGUGUGUCAGGCUGGGGGGUGCACGUGUGCCCGGCUGGGGGUGUAUGCAGGGUUCUGCAGCAUGACGAGGGGGCAUCUGCCCACACUCACUCCUGCUCGCCACUAACCGUCGUAGCCACCAGAUCAGCACAAACAGAACGCUGGCAUCAGGGGUUCAGCUGCACAGGUCCGGGACAACCCGCACCGGGCCCCAGUGGAUUUGUCAUGGGGAAGUGCCCUGGAGUUGAGAGGCCCAUCCCUGGCAUUACGCUACACAGGGCUGUGCCGCGGGGACCCCAUGCCCUGAGCCGUCCCUUUCCCAGUAAGAUGCCGUCCCAUGAGGAAUGGGAAUCUCAGGUCUUGCUCAGGGGCCAUUCUCCCCCGACCCUCCCAGGCUCACGGCCAGUCACACCUACUCCCCACACAGUCCUAUUGAAAAGCAUGGGGACUCCUCACACGGGAAGGUGUUACUCAGUGGGAGUAAAGGUGGCAGAAUCAGACCUGCUCCUUUUACAAAACGCCCGUUCGCCUCAGUGGCCCAACCGGUUACCAGGUGAGCAGAGCCGGUAGGCAGAGCCCACGAGCCCCGCUGGAGUUCUGUCUGUGAGGACACGGUUCUCAUUGGGACACAUGGGGGCCCUCAAUCACAGCUCCUUGUCAUUGAGCUCUGAUGGUAAAUUUAAUGCUGCUUCGCCCAAGGCCACCUGGGGCUCAUGGUCAUGAGCGCCCCAAUAAUCAUGGCCUCUUGGCAUCUCCCAGCACUAGGUUCCUGGGCUCCUGCCACCCUGAUGGGGCGCUGCGUCCUUCCUCAGAAGUCAAUGGCGAAACCAUAGACCGUGGCAAGACCGCUGUCCCCCAUUGACUGGAUUUUGAGUUAGAGGCAACAGAGCCACAAAAGCAUUAAUUUUGGGCGGCGGGAGGGUGGGGACAGAUUUAGGAAUGACUGUCUGUGUUCUGUUCAUAACCUGGUCUGAUAGACACACCUCCCUCAUUGCUUAUAAGCAGGGCUUUGCCGGGUUGGUCGGAUAAAUACCGUGGGAGAACAGGAAUGGGGCCAGUGCACUCCCGUCAAGACCUUGCAGCAGCUGUGCCAAAGGAAGGGCUCACUGAUUCAGCAUGAUCUGGAUCGCUUCGGAAACUGGGUGCAAGCAAACAAUGUGCAUUUGAAUAAGGGUAAAUGUCCAUGUCCACAUCUGGUAACAAAGAUCAUAGGCCAUGCUUGUGGCCUGGGGGACUCUGUCCUGGUACGCAGGGACUCUGAAAGAGAUGUGGGGGUGGAGAAUCAGCUGAACGGCCAAAAGAGCGAAUGCCACCCGGGAUGCAUCAGCAGAAUGUCGAGUAGACGUAGAGAGGGUCUUUUGUCUCUGUAUGUGGCACUGGUGCGACCACGGCUGGAAUCCUGUGUCCAGGUCUGGUGCUCACCGUUCCAGAAGGAUGUGGGUGAAUUGGAGAAGGGUCAGAGAAGAGUCGCGAGACUGAUUAAAGGGUUAGAAACCUGCCUUGGAGUGACGUUCUCCAGGAGCUCAGUCUGUUUAGCUAACAAAGAAAAGGUUAAGGGGUGACUUGAUCACGGUCUGUAAGUAUCUCCAUGGGGAACAACCAUUGAAUAAUGGGUGCUUCCAUCUAGCAGACGAAGAUCUAACAUGAGCCAGUGGCGGGAAGUUGAAGCGAGACACAUGCAGACUGGAAAGGAGAUGUAUAUGUUUCCCGGGGAGAGUAAUUAGCCAUUGGAGCGAUUUAGCAAGGGUGGAGGUAGAUUCUCCAUCAGUGGCAAUGUUAAAAUCAGGACUGGCUGUUUCCCCAAAAGCUCUGCUCUAGGGAGUACUGUGGGGCAGUCCUAUGGCUGGUGCCAUGCUGGGGAGGGGGGGGGGUCAAACCAGGUGAUCUCAGUGGGCCCGUCUGGCCUUGGAAUCUGAAUCUGUACCUGGUCUCCUCCACGCCCCCUGCGGUGCAUGUCGAGCUGGCAGAGUGUGAGGGUGCUCAAGCUGUCUGCCUCUUGCCCCACCCCCACCCCCCAACCCUACAACAUCCUGCUGGCUAAUGGAAGGUGCCGUUGGGAAGGAGGAGGGAUUUGUGAUGAGUGGGUGCAUGACUGGAGGGGAGAAAGCUGGGGGCAGGGUGUCCUGGCUGAACAGCAGUGGCCAUGUGGUCUGUAGGGUUUGGAUUUGGAAAGGGGAGAGCUAGUCUUUCCCUGCAUCUGAUUGGAUAGGAAUGAAUAGUACUCAACCAACUUGCUAGAGAAAUGAUGAGUUAUGAUUGGUUGAGAGCUGGUCUAGUCCACCCCCCCUCCCUUCCUCACCCCUUUACCUUAAGAAGCCAGACGCCCUGGCCUUACACCCAGGAGCCCUAUAGCCGAUAGCUAUAGGGUACCAUCGUCACCAGGUGUCCGACCUCAGUGGGACGGGGACAGAGAACCACCAUUUGCUAUUACAGGAGAAGGGAGUCACACGAGGGCUACCCUUGGCCUGGUGUAUUUUGCACUGAACAGUAGCUGGGCAGCGGGGAUCCUACAGCGAUGGGAGCCAUGUCAGACCCUGGAUACGCAGACUGAGCGACUAUGGAUAUAAUGGCCCAAUGAUUGGGGAUCUCCUUUGAUUUGGGUGGAGUUGCACCGGAGAUGAGCAGAUCCCUUUGAUUUGGGUGGAGUUGCACCAGAGAUGAGCAGAUCCCUUUGAUUUGGGUGGAGUUGCACCGGAGAUGAGCAGAUCUCUUUGAUUUGGGUGGAGUUGCACCAGAGAUGAGCAGAUCCCUUUGAUUUGGGUGGAGUUGCACCAGAGAUGAGCAGAUCCCUUUGAUUUGGGUGGAGUUGCGCAGUAGUUGACUCCCAUGGUUUUGAUCUUACUGUUCAUCUCUCCUGUAGCCUGCCAGCAGCUCCUUUCAGCAGCAUGCUGGGGGUUGGCUCUCCUGUUCUCUGAGAAACACUUCAGCCAAGCAGAACAGCCCUGUGCCUCUCUGAAGCAGAUGUGUGAUGAGUGGGGCUGGAGAGGGGGGGAUUGCAUUAAGAAUAAAGGCCAAGCUAGUAGCAUGGACAGUCCAACUCUGAAGUGAAAAGCAAAAGUCUGAACUGCAGCCAAGGAGCCACGUUCCUGGAUCCGAAGGCCCUAGUCAGUCUUUGAAAAUGGUUAUUUUAAGGAUCUGUAAAAGGCCUUUAAGAAAGCACAACCUCUCCUUCCUCCCUGGCCUUUUCUUUCUCCUCUCUCCCACUCCUCAUGCAAAGCACAGCAGAUCACCACGAUGUACAUAGCUCGAAAUGGGAGAUCCCAUCCCGCCCCACCAGCCCAGGUGUGUGUGUGUGUGUGUGUGUGUGUCUCUGUCUCGCAUCUCAACCCUGUUACUCGGACACUGUGUAAUAAAGAUUAGUUAUAACCUCUCUCCGUCCCGUCUCUCCCGCCCCUCUUAUUGUGACCAGAGCUGAUGACGACGCGUGACAACUGUUUGUUUUUUGGUUUUAUUUUUCAUUUUGUACAGAGAAAAAAAAUUUCCUUUAAAAAAAUGUCUUUCGACUGAAGUAACUUUUCUGGUGCUGUUGUUAACUUGUUCUUUUUUUAAUUUAUUUCCCCCCGUGCUCCUGUCUCUCCCCCUCCGCUACCCUUUCCUCACCCUCUCUUUUUCUUUUCUUUUUCGGACAAUUAUCCUGUUCCCCACCCCGCCCUUGAUUUAAAUAGUCACUGCUACAAGUAACGAAUGCACUGUGAAGAUUCCAGUAUUAAUAAAAGUUGUACUGUAAUUAA